AGAAAGAAAGAACGGGGGGAAAAAGAAGCGAGAAGAAUGGACAGACCAGAGCGCAGAGACGAGACUGAAGACAGAGAGAGAGAGAAGAGAAAAGAGAGAGCGAGAGCAGAGGAGACAGACAAAAGAGAAGAAGAGAGAGAGAGAGAGAGGAGCGAGAGAGAGAGAGAGACGAGAGCGAGAGAGAAAGAGAGAGAGAGGGAGGAGAAGAGAGAGCAGAUAGAGAGAUGA